AGGAACAGAGGGGGAGAGAGAGCGAUGGAGCCUGCAAAAGCGAACGCCAAUGGCUACCAGCGCGUGAUCGUAAUGCGUCACGGUGAUCAAAUCGACAAUUUCGAGCCGCUCUGGGUGUCGACGGCGGCAAGGCCGUGGGACCCACCGCUCGUACAGGACGGUCUGAUUCGGGCCUUCCGUACGGGCCAGAGGAUUCGAUCUCAGACCGGCUUCCCGGUCCACCGCGUCUUCGUCUCCCCUUUCCUCCGCUGCAUCCAGACAGCCUCCGAGGUCGUCGCUGCCCUCUCCGCCGUCGAUGUCGACCCCAACGCCAUGUCUUCCAAAGACGUCGAUUCAAUCGAUCAAUCCAAGCUCAAGGUUGCUAUUGAGCUUGGCUUGUGUGAGAUGUUAAACUCAGUGGCUAUUAGGCGUGAGCUUGCUCCCAAAGAUGGAAACUUUGGAUUCAACAACAUUUCAGAUCUUGAAGCCAUGUUUCCUGAUGGGAUGGUGGAUCGUAAUACGGAUCGAGUCUACAAAGAGCUACCGAAAUGGGAAGAGACAGUGGAGGGCUGUAGAGACAGAUAUGUGAAUAUGGUCAAGGCUCUGGCAGAUAAUUACCCUUCUGAGAACUUGCUGUUAGUCACCCAUGGGGAAGGAGUAGGAACUGUAUUAUCAACAUUCCUCGAAGAUGUAACUGUGUACGAAGUAGAUUACUGUGCAUAUGUCGAGUUGAGAAGACGGGUAUCUAAUGGAGACGGGUCGCUUGACUCUGGCAAGUUUGAGGUGAUUACCAGUCACGGUCAAGCUGGAAUUCAGUACCAUCCCUCAAGCACCACAGACCUUCAUGACCAUAUCAUAAGCCAAACUCCAGUCUAGCCAGAGUAUCUUACAGUACAUCUUCCUGUACUUUGUGUUUGAACUCCUGUAUGAUCAUGGUUUCACACUUUACAUUCAAUCAAUAAGAUCAUUGUUUCCAGAAAAAUUCCAUGU